AGUCCCAGAAUGAUUGCUUCAGUAAACCCCAACAUGAAUUCCUCCUUCUUCUUCCUCACUGGAUUUUCUGGGCUGGAACAGCAUUAUCCCUGGCUCUCCAUCCCUUUCUCUUCCAUAUAUGGGAUGGUGUUCCUGGGAAACUGCAUGGUGCUCCAUGUGAUCCGGACUGAGCCGAGCCUGCACCAGCCCAUGUUCUACUUCCUGGCCAUGUUGGCCCUCACUGACCUGUGCAUGGGGCUGUCCACCAUGCCCACAGUGCUGGGGAUCCUGUGGGGGCUCAUUCAAGAAAUCAGCCUGGAUUUCUGCAUUUCCCAGUCCUAUUUCAUCCAUGGUCUGUCCUUCAUGGAGUCCUCCGUUCUGCUCGCUAUGGCUUUUGACCGGUAUAUUGCAAUUUGCAAUCCACUGCGUUAUUCCUCCAUCCUAACUGUUUCCAGAAUUAUCAAAAUUGGGCUCACCAUAUUAGGUAGGAGUUUCUUCUUUAUUACACCUCCUAUCAUCCGUCUGAGGCUCUUCCAUUACUGCCAUCCCCACAUCCUCUCUCACUCUUUCUGCCUGCACCAGGAUCUUCUCCGCCUAGCCUGUUCAGACAUCCGAUUCAAUAGCUACUAUGCCCUGAUGCUGGUCAUUUGCACACUAAUGUUAGAUGCUAUUCUCAUCCUCUUCUCCUAUGUCCUGAUUCUGAAGUCAGUUCUGGCAAUUGCCUCUCAGGAAGAGCGGCAUAAGUCAUUACAGACUUGCAUCUCUCAUGUCUGCGCUGUCCUUGUGUUCUAUAUCCCGAUCAUCAGCCUCACAAUGGUGCACCGGUUUGGCAAGCACCUCUCCCCUGUGGUCCAUGUCCUUAUGGGCAACAUCUACAUCCUUUUCCCACCUUUGAUGAACCCCAUUAUCUAUAGUGUCAAGACCCAACAGAUUCGUACCAGAAUACUCAGAGUCUUUUCUCUUAAAAGAAAUUGA